CCUAGUUCCUACACAGUUUAUUUUUAUUUAUCCAGUUAUUUUAUUUUAUCGUCCGUUGACUAAAAAUUCGGUCUUCAUGAGUACUUUUCAUCAUCCGAAGAACUUCCCUGGAAACAACACUCUAAAGUAGCUACUAAACAAUAUAUAAAGAGUGACCCUCCUAACGACAUGAUCUGGAAAAGCUGAAAGCAGAGAGAGAAGACCAAUCAGGGGAUGGCGGAAGCAGCAAGCAUCAGCAGGUCCGGAAACAGAUGGUCUCUCCAUGGAAUGACCGCUUUGGUCACCGGCGGGACCAAAGGAAUCGGGCGCGCCAUCGUGGAGGAAUUAGCAUGCCACGGUGCGGCCGUGCACACGUGUUCCCGCAGCGAGGUGGAGCUUAAUCAAAGGAUAAUCGAAUGGAAAGAGAAGGGCUUUGAUAAAGUCACUGGAUCCGUUUGUAACGUGUCCUCUGCCGUCGAACGGGAGAAGCUCAUCGGCGUCGUCUCUUCUCUAUUCGCCGGCAGACUUAACAUUCUCGUGAACAACGCUGCAACGGCCACUGGGAAACCGCCUACAGAGGUUACAGCUGAAGAGCUCUCCCAUAUGUGGAAAACCAACUUCGAGUCCGGUUUCAACUUGUGCCAGCUCGCACAUCCUCUCCUCAAAACUUCUGGGUCGGGAAGCAUCGUUUUCAUAUCUUCCGUCGCUGGUUCAACUGCUACGCCUAAUCUCUCAGCCUAUGGAGCAACCAAAGGGGCAAUCAACCAGCUAACGAGAAACUUGGCAUGCGAAUGGGCCAAAGACAACAUAAGGAGCAACGCUGUGGCGCCUUGGUUCACCAGGACCCCACUUGUCGAGCAGGAUCUCCAAGACGAAGGAUUUCUAAAAGCAGUUCUAAAGUGCUCACCACUUGGGCGGAUAGCAGAGCCAGAGGAAGUGUCGUCGAUGGUGGCAUUCUUAUGCAUGCCUGCUGCAUCUUACAUUACAGGCCAAAUCAUAACUGUUGAUGGAGGAGUUACUGUCAAUAUUUUCUCCAUGUGAAGUUCAGUAGCAACGCCUGUUUUCGAUUGUUGUGUGCUGUGCGCUUGAUUCAAAACCAACAUGCACGAAUAUGUAUGGAACAGUUCCUUGUUUUGGUGUUGAUGUAUUCAAAUAAGUUAGUAACUAAAGUGAUACGAAAUAAUAAUAUGGUUGUGCUAGAUUACAGAUCUGUCCAGGUGUUUGGAGGUUAGAACUUAGGCCUCGUUUGCUUCAUGGAAUUGAUCAUGGAUUUGGUACUUAAAACCAAGCAUCAUGGACUUUGUACACAAUCCGUCGUUUGCUUGAUGGAUUUAGGAGGAAUAAAUCCGUGAGCCCCACGGACUUGAGAAUUCCAUCCCAAGAGGUGAGAUUUGUGUUGGGGUACAAAGUCCAUGAUAACUUUUUACAAUUUUAACCCUACUUAUUUCCCUAAUCACCUACUCAUCCUCUUUCAUUUACUAAUUACCAACUUGAAGUGCAUCUUAAUUUUGCAUUCAAUAUUUAUUAUUAUUCAUUGCACGAAAGCACUACAUGAUUAAUCGCAAAGCAUACUUCGUAAUAUUGAAAAUCUUAAGGAAUUGUCCAAUUGUGUGUAUAAUAUGAUGUUGUUAUUGAUUAAUGAUGUUCAUUUAUUCCGAUUGUGGUAGUGGGACGAACCUAUUGGAUGAAACUUGUUUUAAACAAAAGUUAUAAUGUAAAUAUAAAUAAUACUCAAUAAGGGCACCACGAUAAAUUCCAAUAGAAGCAUAAAUAUAAUAAUGCCAAAUCCAUCAUGAAAUACAACAAGCAAACAAUGGUUUGUACCAAAAACCAAAUGGGGCAAGUUCAUCAUAUAUCCAUGGUUUUGUAAAGGGAGUUCCUAUCUGUCGCCCUAAUUAUUUAAAUUUAUCGCCCUAAGAUAUAUAAAAUGACCAAAAUGCCCUUGGGUUGGUUUUAGGGUUUAAAACCCAUAUAUUGUAGUAGGGCAUAAUGGUCCCAUACACUUUUCCACUCUUUGUAGAGACAGAGUGGAAACAUCAAACAAAAAACUAAUCAAAUCCCACACCACAACAAUUCUCAACUACUCUGUUCUUUAUUGGUGAGUUUUAUUUGAAUUCGGCGAGACCAUCGGAGCCAAAGGCACACUCGGCAGUCAAGUAUUCGAACAAAGGUAUGCUGCAUUAUUCUUCUUCUUUUUUCUGGUUUUACGAGAACAAACAGAUUGAAAUUGUGUGCGCGUCGCCGGAGAAGCAGGUUGAAAACACGUCUCUCCAUGGAGGAAACAGGUAGACAGAUUGUCCGUUCCUCUUGCUGAGCAUGUAAUUCACAUGCUUGAUCUAUCAGACACGCGGGUAGACAACAUGCCCGCGUCAGUGGACAGGUGGGAAGACCUUAUGUCCGCGCUGAUGGAGAGGCGUGUAAUCGACCUGCCCGUCCCGCCGUCUCACCCUUUCGGCCACAUGUCUUUCCAUGGACGAGGCGGGUAGACAACCCGCUUGGCGUACGACUUAAUCCCGUAAAGAACAUGACCGCUGACUGGUAGGGCACCUGCGCAGCACGUUUGAACCAUUGGCGGGUCUUUUUUGUUUUCUGCCUGGUCGAUGGUCGAGUCAUGUUUUGCACAUGCUUGGGGCCGGUUUUUGUGAUUUUUUAGAUGGAUUUUUGUGAAUUUUUAGACAAAUUUUGAUGAAAUUCACUUGAAAUAUAUUAUAUGUUCAUUAAAAUUUGUUUUUUUGUUGUGCAUGUAGGAGGGAGGACAAAGUGUAGAAGCCUCUUUCGCUACCAUCAUCAAAUAACAAGUUUAUUAUGAG